CUUGGGAAUGAAGAUGCUCGUCAUUUCUCCCUGACUGUUCUACAUCUACAGCAGGAUCCACCGCGACCAUCAUGAACGAAGUGGGACAAAUUCGAGUCCGCGAAGACGGCUCAAAUUCCGCCGAGGGGAUGAGCAAAGUUUUGUGUGGCAUUUGUCGUAGACAGUUUUCCAGGUAUACAUGUCCGGGGUGCAACGUGUCUUACUGCAACCUGACGUGUUUUCGUUCAGAGGCUCACUACCAAUGUUCGGAGACAUUUUAUCGAAAAGAAAUCCAAACAAGCAUCGAAACGAAGUCUUCGAAAACACAUGAAGAGAGGCAAAAGAUGCUCGAGUUGCUGAAGCGCCUCGAAGAGCAAACUCAGGAGGAAGACAGCAGCUUGCUGCGUGACCAGGAUGGAUCCGACAGUGACUCUAGCGAUCUUGUCUCUAGAUUUGCCGAUGUGGAUAUUUCUUCAGCAUCAUCCGACGAAUUACUCAGACUUAUGACCAAGGAAGAAAUAGACAAGUUCUUCAACGCGCUCAGGGACCCAACCAGUCAAUUGGCUCAAAAAUUACUGUCUAGUGAAGAAUUGCAGUCUGUGAGGCAGGAGCCAUGGUGGGAAGCUUCCUUGGAAGGCUCUCCGAAUUCGAGCGGGAGCAUGCGAUAUGGAUCAAAACCUGCACUGAUGGAGUUCCCGCUCAAGCUCGUAACAAGCCAGGCUAGUAGUCCCUCUCUGAUAUACAAUGUUUGUGCUGUCCUUGUUGCUUAUGCGUUUGCCACCCGUCAUCUAUCUGUUUCACCAUUAUCCUCUACGGAAAAUGAUGCGUCAGAUGAAGCAGAGGCGCGAAGAAUCAUCUCGCAAGCUGUCCCGUUCCUGGUAGCCCGUCGGUCACAAGUGCUGUACUCGACGUUGAGCAGUGCUGUCACUGACGUGUGGUCACGCUUUGACCCUGGAACCAUGAGCGCCGAGUCCUUGUCGGCACUGUUACUUGAUUCGUCCAUCAUAGCGAGACCCAGAUUAGUGGUCGCCACAUCUUCCGAUAACAGCUUAUUAAGCGAUCAUUGGUCUGUUACAUUAUUAGCCGCACUGUCAGACCUCUCUGGUCUUUUUGCUCCACGUUCAGUUGGCGUGCCUAGUCACAUUCAGAUGAAGCUUAAAUUUUAUGCCGCUCAAGUCCUCUCGACGCCUCAGCCUGUCCUUCACGCGCUUGCAAACGAACUGCAAGAUUACGCGCAGGCCCUGAAAGCAGAGGCACGAUCAGUAAUUGGCAAUCCUAGUCUCCAAGGGAAGAACCUUGACGCUUCGCAACCAAAGCCUGCGCCGAAACCUGAUAUUACAACCAGCGGCUGAAGCUUUGGGCCAUCGGUUGAGGACUCGGAGUAUCUUUAGUAACGUGGAGGCUCGAUCUGGUAUUAAUCGACGACUCUUAAAAAUACAUGACACUAAUAAAAUGGGUGGGGGUCCGUAGACGCCGUGAAAUUAUGAGAUGCGGUCUUAUUUAUGCAUAGACCUUGUGCGCUCAAUGCAGCCGACAGAAAGCCGUUUUUUUUGGUAGCACGACCUACUUCAUACGUUCCCUUCCAUCGUACGUAUUUCAUACGCCAAACUUUAUGUCACAUGAAGUAGAGUUCGUGCAUUUUUGGGAAAACAUCUAUAACUCUACAACGCAUCCACAUAAAAAUAUAAUUUUUCGGCGGAUGGAUA